CGCCGCCGGCGGCCGCGGAGGAGCGCAGGGAGGAGGGCGAGGGGAGGGAGGAGGCGCCCGCCCCGGCUCCCUGCAAAGCGGCCUUAUUUAUCUGGGCACUGCCUCAGCCUCCCCGGUGGGAGGCUCGGGGCAGCCGAUCCUCUCCCACCGGGGAGCUCCUCUCCGGGCGCGGCCGAGGGGGCCGGCCAGGCCGGGGCGCGGGGCGCGGCAGGGCCCUGCCGGCCAGGCCAGCACCUCGGCCGCCUCCCCGCUUCGCCAGCGCCCAUGCCUGGCUCCCCAUGACGAGAAGACGCCCGGCGGACGGCGUGGCAUGAGCCAGGUGCCCGGGCCGAGCGUUAGCUCCUGGUGCUUAUUUCUAAAGGAGGAGGCAGUCCACAUCAGAUUGGCAGCUGACCCUACCCCAUCCUAACGAGAAACUCCAGGCAGGUCUUCUGAGCCUCACUGCGUGCAGUAGCAGAAGGACCCAUCGCUGACCACAAGCUCAGUUCUCUCCUAAAGCUCUGACCCCUGGACCAAGAUGUGGCUGUUUCCAGUUUUGAACCACGGAGCAAGGGAUUCUCAGGCUGGAUUGAGCGAGGAAGAUGUCGAGCCCAGGUGUGGACGGCGACCCCAAGCCUCCAUGCUUGCCUCGCAACGGCCUGGUGAAGCUGCCAGGCCAGCCCAACGGCCUGGGUGCAGCCAGUAUCACCAAGGGCACACCAGCUGCUAAGAACCGCCCCUGCCAGCCCCCUCCCCCACCUACCCUCCCACCACCCAGCCUGGCUUCCCCACUGCCACGGGCUGCCCUGGCUGGGGGCCUAUGCCCCCCACCGGGGCUCCCCCUUGGUGGACCAGCCUCAGCCCCUGUUCCCGGGCCCCCAGUGGAGCGGCCACCACUGGCCACAGACGAAAAGAUCCUCAAUGGCCUCUUCUGGUACUUCUCAGCUUGUGAGAAGUGUGUGCUGGCCCAAGUGUGCAAGGCCUGGCGGCGUGUGCUCUACCAGCCCAAAUUCUGGGCAGGCCUCACCCCUGUGCUGCAUGCCAAGGAGCUCUACAACGUGCUGCCUAGUGGCGAGAAGGAGUUUGUGAACCUGCAGGGCUUCGCUGCGCGUGGCUUUGAGGGUUUCUGCCUGGUUGGCGUCUCCGACCUGGACAUCUGUGAGUUCAUCGACAACUAUGCCCUCUCUAAGAAGGGUGUCAAGGCCAUGAGCCUCAAGCGCUCCACCAUCACAGAUGCCGGCCUGGAGGUGAUGCUGGAGCAGAUGCAGGGCGUCGUGCGUCUGGAGCUGUCCGGCUGUAACGACUUCACCGAGGCGGGGCUGUGGUCCAGCCUGAGCGCACGCAUCACCUCACUGAGCGUCAGCGACUGCAUCAACGUGGCCGACGACGCCAUUGCGGCCAUCUCGCAGCUGCUGCCCAACCUGGCGGAGCUGAGCUUGCAGGCCUACCACGUGACGGACACGGCGCUGGCCUACUUCACAGCACGCCAGGGCCACAGCACGCACACGCUGCGCCUGCUCUCCUGCUGGGAGAUCACCAACCACGGCGUGGUCAACGUGGUGCACAGCCUGCCCAACCUCACGGCGCUCAGCCUCUCUGGCUGCUCCAAGGUCACCGACGACGGCGUGGAGCUCGUGGCCGAAAACCUGCGCAAGCUGCGCAGCCUUGACCUUUCGUGGUGCCCGCGCAUCACCGACAUGGCGCUGGAGUACGUGGCCUGCGACCUGCACCGCCUGGAGGAGCUGGUGCUGGACAGGUGUGUGCGCAUCACGGACACUGGCCUCAGCUACUUGUCCACCAUGUCGUCCCUCCGCAGCCUCUACCUGCGAUGGUGCUGCCAGGUGCAGGACUUCGGGCUGAAGCACCUCCUGGCCAUGAGGAGUUUGCGUCUCUUGUCUCUGGCAGGCUGCCCGCUGCUGACCACCACCGGGCUGUCGGGCCUGGUGCAGCUGCAGGAGCUGGAGGAACUGGAGCUGACCAACUGCCCCGGGGCCACCCCCGAGCUCUUCAAGUACUUCUCGCAGCACCUGCCCCGCUGUCUCGUCAUCGAGUAGCGCGGGCCUCCCCGCCCCCGGAGCACGAAGCCGCCACGCUCCGGGCGGGGACGCCUUCUCCCGGCCCUGCCCUCGAGGAGCCCUCGCGCCCUCGGCCCAGCGCGGGAGGCAGGGCGAACCCAGUGAAAGCGCCCCCCACCGCGCCCCUCCUGGCCCCGCCCGGGCAAGGGGGGGCGGCGGGCGGGCCCAGCCCCACGCACGCACGCACACUCGGGGACUCUGUGCAUGCCCCUCGUGCCCGCACUGCACGCCCGCCCUCCACCGCACCACAGCCGCCUCCAUCUUUCGUCGACCCUCUUGGGGGAGAGGCAGGGGUCGGGCUCGGUCCUGGGGGCCGCUUUGAGCUCUCCUGACGGCCCCCCUUACCGCCUUCCCCGCCACACCCCGCUCUGUCUCCCCCGCUGUACCCCCAUCUCGGGCAGGGCCCAGAGGGAUUGAGGGGAGCUGGGUCCCCCAGGACACAGGGGCCAGAAGAGCCCCAAGGGCUUCCCGCAUCUUCCACUGCACCGUGCCUGGAGCCCUCGGAGGGGUUCGAGGGGGAACAGGCCACCGCCAAAGCCAUGGCCCGCCAAGGAGCCCAAGUCCCCUCUGCCCUUGCCCCACUUCAUGCCAGCCUGACCCAAGAGACCUCCCCUUUUCCUUGCCGCUGUAGGAGGCAGCCCCCUGCUCGCCCCAUCCCCACCUGCAGGCCUACAGGUCCUUGGGCCAGGCUAGGGAAGAACUGUGUUUGAGGGAGGGACAGACUGGCUGACGAUCUUGCUAUAAUCAACGUUAACCAAGCCGGCUGUAGCUUACCUCAACCGGGGGGUGGGGGGGGGAUAUACAACCACCUUGACAGACCACAAGCUGGAGCGACCCUCAGGCCCGGCAGGCCUUGCACGCAGUCCUGAUGGACCCCAACCACAGCCCCUGUAGCCAGCCAGGCCCAGCCUCCUCAGUGCCACACUGUAUCCCGGGUGGGUCUCUGUCUGGUGGAGGCUGGACAAAUGGGCCCCAGCCAAGGCCCAGCCAGCAAGUCCAGUCUUAUAAGUGGCCAACACACCCCCAGCACCCAGCGGAGGGAGGGCUCCUUUCUAGCUGCCCCCUCCCCUUCCCAGCUUCCAAAACCUCCGCCUGCCCAGGUGGGCUCUGGCCAUGUUCUGUCCAGUUCCAAGACACAUGCGAGCCCUGGGGAGACACUGGCACAUCUUGGCAAUUGCUGAGGAGGGGGCUGGGACCCCUUCCCAUCCCAACCUUGAGCCCCAGGAAGUACGGUGCCCACACCCAAUCUUGGGACAACCCCCCC